AUGGCAACCCAAGGCCCGAAUGCUGAGUUUGCCUCGGAGAGAAGGCGUGAACUACUAACAACAUUAAAAGAACUGGUUGAUAUCGAAAUGCCACAGGGCCUAUGGCUUGGUGACCUCGAACGUCUCGAAAGAAAUAUCGAUCUAGCUAAAAAAACAUCGGUUGAGACUUUCAUCGGUGACUUCUCAGACAUUAUUACCAAAUGGGCUCAGAGAAAUGGCCCGAACUCGCGUUCGGGGUCGAAGUCUUCCUCGCCUUCACCACGCCCGAGUCCCAGUCAGUCGUCGAGCCGGUUACAUCGCUCGGCUGUUGAAAGAUAUACAAGGUCACGCAUUGAAGCUGCAGAGGGAACUGCCAACCAGCCAACCUCAGAGCCGGUGACACCCCCAGCCAAACGUCAACGUAGGGAUUCUGACAAUCGAUCGAGAGCUGCCACAAUGAAAUGUCGCUUCAGAGAUGGAGACAGAUGUGUCGUAACCAAGUCUUUGCACCCAGUCGACGCUGCCCAUAUAUUCCCAUACUCUCUGCAAGAAUCCUGGAAAUUAGACAACCCAAACAACAACUUUUGGACUCUUCUGAAGACUUUCUGGACAGAAGACCAUGUCAACACUUGGCUGGCUGCUGCGUUCCCGAAUGGCACUACUGAGGUAGUCGAGAACCUCAUCUGCUUUGCGCCAACCAUCCAUAGGUGGCAUUCCAAGGGCCUCUUUGGCUUGCAACCUAUUCAUCAAUCGGAGGACAAGAAACGCCUAACUGUCAAAUUUUACUGGUUUCCUGUACGUCGGCGUGCCGAGAACAUCGACCUGUUGGAUACCCCUUCCAUACCAGACGACCUUGCUGGUAUCAAUAUGGAUUACAAAGCCUGGAAUGUUCACACCGAAGAGAAGAUUGUCUCGGGAGCUGAGAUCGUCCUGGAGACCAGCGAUCCAGAAAAUAUCCCAUUGCCAAGCUGGGACCUUCUCGAUAUGCAGUGGAACUUGCAGCGCCUCACAGCAUUGAGCGGGGCAGCCGACGUCUUCCUCGAUGCCAUUGAUGACGAUGACUGCAGCGGCAUUGGGUGGGAGGAGGACUUAUCCUGCGGCCAAUCAGAUGAUGACAGCAUUCGUUUCCACGAUGACAUUGUAUCGUCAGACCAGGAUGUAGAGCCUCUCUCCCUUUCUCCACAAGCUCUAAAGGUUGGCAAAAUGAUGGAUGUGCCCAUAGAUACCUCCAUCCACAGCCAGAGUCUGGCGUAG